AUGGGGAAGAGAAUGAGGAAAGCAAUGACCCAGGAAGCACGUCUCUCAGGAAUGGGCUCCCAGGGACGACAGCCCCAGAUUCAUUUGCAAAGGAUUUACCAGCAAAUACUUGGAUAUACUACGAAAAAAAGAAGAAAAAAAGAAAAGCUAACAGAAGAAAAUCUAAAUCUACAUCAAAGUAUAAAGGGAACAAAAGUGAAAAUCAAAACAGUUUGCUCCCCAAAAUUGGAUGAAUCUAUCAGUUCAAUACUUACAAUUUUAAUUUGUAAAAGAGUUUUCAUCUCACUCCUUUCUGACAAAACAACAACAACAACAACAACAAAACCCAACACUGAUUCUAAUAGAGAAGAAAACGUUAAGCCUGGAGUGAGCAUCCUUGAAUCCAGCAGUUCCGGAGACGAUUCUGAUGAUCUCUAUGUGCCCCACUGCAAGAACACUCAGAAUCUCACAAGCACAUCAGGGAGACCGGUCACCAGGCCUCAACCUAAAAGAGCGCUAAACUGCACAGAUGAACAAGAGAUGGAAGAUUCUAAGCCAACAAAAACUCCUACUAGUGUACCACCUAAGAUCCGCCCAUCACCUCCAUCACCUCACUGUAGCCUGAAGGACACCAACAAUGUUCCCUUGUUACCCGAAAUAAAAACCAGGAGACUUUGUCUUUCUCCAGAAAAGAAGAAAGAAAGCACAGCCAUGAGUCUGCCUAAGCGUAGGUGCCCAAGCAGCAUGAAUUAUAAGGAGCCAACACCAGCUUCGAAGCUAAGAGACACUUUCACAGUUUUGUGUUUCUCGAAUUCUCCUAUUUUCAAGCAGAAAAAGGAUUUGAGACAUUCUAAAAAAUAUAUAAAGCAAAUACAAUAA